AUGUGCACUGCGCCGCCAUCACUAUCAUCUUAUUCUGCAACUCCUCUGGUAAUUGACGAAGUGGCUGUGUAUAGAACUCAGUUGAUACAAAUAGUUGUUACUAGUGAUGUUAAGAGCUUAACGGAUAGCUGCGCAUUGUAUCCGAUAGUCUCACCCUAUGCUCUGGACGUGCUCUUUCUUGGUGCAGUUUUCUUGAUAACGAUUUAUUGGUUCCAUCGCCCUGAACUUAAUGAGCCUCCACUCGUACCUUGCGAAUAUCCAUUGGUCAGGCAUUCUUUCGAGUUUUUACGAAAUCCCCGUAAAUUUGUCAAACAAUGCCAUGAACAGUAUGGAGAUAUAUUUUCUUUCUACUCGUAUCGUCAAGUCUACACCGUUGUCAGCAAUAGUCUAGCCUACGAAUUGUUUAGGACUGCUGAUUUCAGUUUCAGGGAUGGAUUUGAAGAGAGAUUUCCAAUUGGCUACCUCACCGGAUCAACCUUAUAUCCCGACUACUUGGAUAGUUUGACUAAUUUAAUUAAGGCGGAUAGAUUUCACAGACAUGUGGAGAAUUGUCAAUCGCGCAGCUAUCGUGAGCUACGAUGCGGUAUCGACCAGCUGAUUGGAGACUGUGAGGAGACUAAGGUGAUCAACGAUCCCGAGGAACGUUUAAGAUACGCCCUCUCGCGAGCAGUAGCAAAUAUCAUUGUUGGUGAGGAUUUGUGUAAAGAUGACGAGAUAGUGAAGACAUUUGCAACAUUUGCUGCCGUCUUAGUGCGGGCUAGAAGCCUUUCUCAACUUACAUAUACCAUUCACCCUCGUCUUUAUAGAGAAUACUUCAAACUUGCUCUUAAUUAUGGAGACAACCCAGUACAGCGCCAUAAGGAUCUUUUGAUAAAGAAAUUAAAGCCGAUUUUUGAGAAACGGUAUAGGGACAUGCAGCAGUUUGGCGAUAAAUGGAAGCCUCCUGAUGAUCCUAUCCAACAGCUUAUUGACUAUUGUCUUGAAACAUUUGGUAAACUCCACUACGAUUGUAUCGCAUGCCGUUUGUUAACACUCAUAUUUGCUUCGAUUCAUACUACGACUGGAGGUAUUACAAGUGCACUUAAUGAGUACGCGGCAAGACCAGAGUAUUGGAAAGAACUAAGAGAAGAACAAGAAGCCGUAGUGGGAGAUCUUGAUUCUGAUUUGACUAUGGAUCAAGUAAACAAAAUGGAAAAAUUGGACAGUUUUGUCAAAGAAUCUCUUCGACUCAGAGGGGAUGGGAAUGUGUUUUUUAUUCCCCAUCGUACAAUGAGCAAGUCUUAUACUUUCAGUAACGGAUAUCAAAUUCCCAAAGGACGGCUGGUAUUUAUGAACCUUAUUGCUUACAAGGAGGAUCAAUCUCUACACGGCGAUGAGCCAAAAAAGUUCUCCGGGUUUCGACAUGUCAACAAAUCUCCGCUUUCCAAAGUCGGUAGGGAUUCGAUGUCGUUUGGAUUAGGAAAACACGCGUGUCCUGGUCGAUCGUUUGCUAGUAAACAUAUCAAAAUGACACUUUCCAUACUCAUUCGAAAGUAUGACAUUAGCAUUGUGGAUGAAAAGCUACCGAAGAGUAUUGUAGUACGUGGCAUUAAUGUUCCUGCUUCUUUACCUUUAGCAUUUAAAAAAAGGAAAUGA